AUGAUGAAUGGCGACCUGAGCCUGUCGCAGACGCUCGGCGGACUGCGCAUCGCGAACCCAGACGAGGACGACGACGCCCCUUCGCCGCCGCCGCCCCAGCAAACCCACGAAAGUCAGACGCCCGCCGGCCAGCCAUCACCGCCAUCACCGUCGCGCGCCUCGUCGUCGAGUGCCGUGACCGAGACGCCGCAUGCGCAUAUCCAAGGCCAGAGCCAGAGCCAAAGCCAGAGCCAAAGCCAAAGCCAAAGCCAGGACCCCUCAUACUCACUCCCACACACGCAUCCGCACGCACAUGGCCAUUCCUACAUUGAAGAGGAGCCGUCAGCCCAGGCCUCGUCGCUGCAAGUCAAUGCCAGCAAUGCCUACGCCGGCUCCCCCUCAGGCUCCCCAGCCGCCUAUCCCUCCCCCUUGGCCGACACUGCAUCGGCCUCGUCCCAUUCGCCGCGCCUCUCCCACCGCCAGUCAAUGCCUCUAGCACACCAGGCCCAGCACCAGGCCGGCUAUCCGCCCUAUGCACAAGGCCCUCUGCUCCAGCAGCAGCGGAGUCAAGCGCCCACGUCGCAGCCCAUUCGCGAGCGGCCCAUGUCCCAGAGCAUGUACCAGCACCCCAACCUGUCGACGUCGUCCACCACCGCCCCGGGCACCUACCGCUACAACGACGAGGCCAUGACGGGUGAUAUACGCCGCACUGCGAGCUCACGCGUCGCCCCGGGUGCCAUGCCGACGCGGGAGCUCAGCCGGAGAGACCCAUAUCGCCAGUCCGCCCAGAUACAGGGUAUCAACGGCCCACUACCACCUCGGAGAAGCUCGCGACGGAUUCCCAUGGACGGCUCGGUGCCAGGCGUAUCUCACUUAUCAAGCUCACCGUAUAGUAUCGAGGGCGGGCCAUUGUCCAGCAGUGAGGAGUGGAAGGAGCGGGGGGCAGCCGUGAGCACCAGACAAGAUCUCGAUCAGAACGGACGGCCGAUAACACGCGUGGUGAAAAAGGGCGUCAAGGACUUCAACUUUGGUAGGACACUUGGAGAAGGCUCCUACAGUACAGUACUGGCCGCCACGGACCGUCAGACGUUACGCGAAUACGCAAUCAAGGUGCUUGACAAACGUCACAUUAUCAAGGAGAAAAAGGUCAAAUACGUAAAUAUCGAAAAAGACACCCUAAACCGACUGACGGAGCAUCCCGGUAUCGUCCGACUCUACUACACCUUCCAAGACGAGCGCUCGUUAUACUUUGUCCUCGACCUGGCAGCCGGCGGAGAAUUGCUGGGCUUCCUCAAGAAGAUGGGCACCUUUGACGUUGAAUGCACACGCUUCUACGGCGCACAGAUACUUGACGCCAUAGAUUACAUGCACCUCAAAGGCGUCAUACAUCGAGACUUGAAACCUGAGAAUGUGUUGCUCGACGAUGCAAUGCAUGUGAAGAUUACAGAUUUCGGCACAGCAAAAAUACUGGACCAGAAGAGAUCGAAUGGUGCUGGCUCCGGUGACCCUCUCGAAGGCGUAGAGUCAGAUCGGGCACAAUCCUUUGUCGGCACGGCCGAAUACGUUUCCCCGGAACUCCUAACGGACAAGAACGCUUGCAAAGCGAGCGACCUAUGGGCUUUUGGCUGCAUCAUUUACCAAUUGCUUGCCGGACGACCGCCAUUCAAAGCUGCCAACGAGUACAUGACGUUCCAGAAGAUUGUUGGUCUGGAGUACACAUUUCCAGAUGGAUUCCCUCCACUCGCAAGAGACUUGGUCGAACGGCUAUUGGUGUUAGAUCCCGUGACGCGGUUACCUAUGGAACACAUUAAGAAUCAUGCAUUUUUCGAUGGAAUCCAGUGGGGCAAGGGGCUGUGGAAACAAAAGGCGCCGCGCUUGAAGUCCUACAGUCCGCCCGCCCAGGAGCCCAUCAAGCUCAAUGGUAAUCCAUACCGUCGUUCUUGGAGAGAUAAGAUGUCUAACAUGCAUCUAGGACCCUCGACACCGGCAGCACCAGCUAGCACACAACCCCAAGCACGACCGAAGCCACGGAUCAUUACCGAAUUACCACCGCCCUCCCAGCUCGACAUUGACUGGUCUCCCGUCCUUACAAAGCGAGACGAACGAAUAUUGAAGCUUGGGAAUAUGUUUGUCACUCAGCAUCCCCCUGGUCAUCCUGUGGGCGGCAAGGAAGAGCCCGCAGAACAACCUAAGAAGUUCUCGCGGUUCUUUGGCGGGAACGCCGUCAAGAAGCGGCAACGGCUCGUUAUGAUAACUUCCAAUGCACGCGUACUGAUGUGCGCAGCAGGCACAAAUGACAAAAAGCUAAAGGAGGAGGUCUCUUUGCUCUCAGCAGGUUGCUCAUGGAGAUCAUUUCAAGAUUCAAAGGGUCUGACUGCUUGGCUCGUAGAAACACGAGACAAGCAGUAUGUCUUCGAAGACCCCAAAAACACCACCAGCGAUCCCGAUGGCAGCAAGUACUCCAGCCAAGAGUGGCUUGACAGCAUCGAACAAGCCCGAGACUACGCAUUCGCACAAACAAUGACGAAUUCAUACUCUGCCGAUGCAGGCUUAAACGAGCUCGUCUCAAAUCACACCACUCCGACCAGGUAG